AUGGAGCCACCGUCGAAAAAGCAGAAAAAAGCGCUGCUUGAUGAUACUUGGGACAGCGAAAGCUCCGAUGAAGGAGGUGUCAAACUUAACGAUGAACUGGAUUUCAAGAUUAACAAAGAAUACGCCAGACGCUUUGAGUAUAAUAAGAAACGAGAGGAGCUUCAGCAUUUGGAAGAAAAGUUAGGAAAGUCUACACCCUUUGCCAAAAAGCAGAAAUUUGAAAAGGCCGACGAGAACGAGGAAGACGAUGAAGAUGAAUCUGAGGAGUCCUCUGAAUCGGAAACUGAGGACGAUGCGGCAGAAUUGGUGACAGAGGCCGUGGAUUCCGAGAUUCUGGCUACAAUACAAGCAAUCCGCAACAAAGAUCCAAGAGUAUACGACAAGGGUGCCGUUUUCUACACCAAGCUCGACGACGAAAGCGUGCAGCAGCGUGAAAAAGAGCAUAAGCCAAUGUAUCUACGAGACUACCACCGUGAGAAUAUUUUACGUGGUACUAAAGAAGAUGGCAACGAGGACGAUGAGCCAAAGACAUAUGUCCAAGAGCAGGAGCAUCUGAAACGCUCUAUUGUCAAAGAGAUGCAUGCAGCUGCGGAUGCAGAUGGUGAAAACGGUGACGGUGGUGAUAGCAAUAGCGACGAUGAUGGGUUCCUCGUUCGCAAAUCCAAACCAAAGGUGAUGGCCGUGGAGAUUAAAAAAAUUACGGAAGAGGAUGUUGCUACAGCUGAUAAGAAUCCUGAAACGUUUCUGUCUAAUUUCAUGGCGUCUCGAGCGUGGAUUCCUUCUACACGACCAAAUUUUCAACCCUUUGAAUCAGAUGACGAUGAAGAGGAAGCUAAAGCAGAAGCAUUCGAGGAAGCAUACAAUCUUCGAUUCGAAGACCCCGACAAGCUCAAUGAAGCCCUGGUUACCCAUGCAAGAGACACAAUGGCCAAGUUUUCGGUGCGGAGAGAUGAACUUAGUGGUAGAAAACGAAAGAGAGAGGCAGAGAAGUUGAAGAAAGAAGAGGAGAAGAAGCAGCGUCAUGAAGAGCGCGCGCGAUUGCGAAAGUUAAAAAUAGAGCAGUUGGAGGAGAAAGUCACGAAAAUUAAGAAGGCUGCAGGACUUCGGGCCCAAAAUAUCACAGAUGAAGAAUGGGCUGGCUUUCUUGAUGAUGGCUGGGACGAUAGUAAAUGGGAAGAGGAAAUGGAAAAGCGAUUUGGAGAAACAUACUACGCAGAAGGGGAUCCAAAUAGUGACGACGACGAAGCCGAAUCGUCGAAGAAAAAACGCGUUAAGAAGCCUACAUGGGAUGACGAUAUCGAUAUCAAUGACAUAAUUCCAGACUUUGAAGAUGACGAGCAGAGGCAGUUUGAUAUAUCAGAUCCUGAAGUAAAUCUUGAUGAAGAGGCCAAUGACGCCUCUGAUAAGGAUCAGAAGAGUAGUAAAAAGAAAAGGCUCCAAGAGAAGAAAGACAAACAAAAGGAAACAAAACGAGAGCGAAGGAAGAUCGAGACAAUCGUUGACAAAAGCCUCGAUCUCGAGCCAUCAUUACUUCCUGGCGCAUCAAAGAAAUUCUCAAGCUCAUUCCGUUACCGAGAAACUUCUCCUAUUAGUUUUGGGCUUACUUCGCACGACAUCCUCAUGGCAGACGAUAGCCAGCUCAAUCAAUUUGCUGGGCUUAAAAAACUUGCACCCUUCCGCGCACCAGACAAGAAGCAGCGGGAUUACAAGAAGCUGGGAAAGAAGGCGCGCGUGCGGCAAUGGCGAAAGGACACGUUUGGUGAUGAGAAUGGGCCGCAGAUGACAUUUGCUGAGCCUGAACCGGGGCCAGCCGAUGCGCCAGACGGGGAUACAGAGAUGAAAGUCGACAUUCAUGAAGGUGGGAGAAAGAAGAGGAGAAAGAGGUCAAAGAAACAAUGA